AUGGCCUCUAUACACGCCCAACUAAAAUCAAUACUUCAUGUCAAUGUAUUUAUUUAUUUGGUGUUUGGGCUUGGCACUGUUGCACAAGUGGUCACAGGAAAUGGUGUUUUUGGAGAGUAUUUCAGCAUAAAUGUAGGCUUUGGGCUGAGUGUGGCUAUGGGUGUGCACGUUGGUGGAAAAGUGUCAGGAGCUCAUAUGAAUGCAGCUGUUUCAUUCACAAUGUGCGUGUUUGGCCGUUUGCGCUGGAAGAUGUUCCCACUGUAUGUUUUUGCCCAGUUUCUGGGUUCCUUCCUUGCUGCUGGGACCAUUUUUUUACUUUAUUAUGAUGCUAUACAUCAUUACUGUGGGGGCAAUUUCACUGUGUCGGGCCCCAAAGCAACAGCUGGGAUCUUCGCUACAUAUCCAGCACCUUUCAUCUCAAUCUACACUGGAUUCUUUGAUCAGGUUCUGGGCACUGCCAUGCUGUUGCUGUGUCUGAUGGCUCUGGCAGACCAGAGAAACCAGCCGGUCGUGCCUAGAGGUGAGCCUGUGGGUGUGGGGCUCCUGGUGCUCCUCAUUGGUGUCUCUCUGGGAAGCAACAGCGGCUAUGCCAUCAAUCCAACACGAGAUCUGGGGCCGAGAGUCUUCACACUGAUGGCAGGUUGGGGCAUGGAUGUUUUCAG